AUGUGCUGGAUCGACCUUGGCCAGUCAUCCGUGACCAGUGCCACCCUGGAUGUGCUGGACCGACGUGAGCACCUGGCCCACAGCCACAUCAACCUGCGGGAGCCCAGGCUAGACAUCAAGCUGCCGGACCCCGAGCUGUCCCCCGUCAUACUGGAGGACUUCACCAGACCCCCGGAGUCAGUCCUAGAGGACCCGCCCAUGUAUCUAUCACCGUCCGAGUUUUUCAAGCGGAUCUCUUGUGACAAGUGGGAAGGGAAGUCUUCCUACAGGGUCAUAGGCGGCGAGCUGCUGCUGCUGCUGAUACAGGCCCUGCAUGAGAUGGAGAGCACCUUCCUGAUCAACGCCCAUGUCCUGCACGCCAACCUCAACAACAGACAGAAGGAAGGGGCGAAGGGGUGGCGCUACGAGAAGAUAGUGGUGCGGAUUGUGUUCUACGACAAGGCAGACAGCUCCAAUAUUCCACUCCAGAUUCUGGAAGAAACCGAACCCUACGCGACCCCUAGAGUGACCCCAGUACGUAGAGAGAUCUCCCAGAUCCCGUAUGCUCACACCCAGCACUGCGUCAAUCACGUGCGACUUGUGGACGGGGAGGGGCAAAGCAACAAGCAAGAACUGACUAAGCAGGAGCUCCAGCGUUCCAUCAUGCGCAGACUAAAUGUUCCGGCGGAAGUGCCCAAGCCGGUGAACGAGAAGCCGCCAGCCAAAGAGAAAGACAACCCGAGGUUUAGCGACCCAUCCAAGAAAGCGGCGCCAGUCGAGGUGUACACUGAGACCGUGGACUUGAUCGCUGAGUCCCCCACUCUGGUUUCAACGGACACCAAAUCCAAGCCCGCCAAAAGUGAGGAUAAAGUCGUCAAAUCCACAAUCGACCAGGAACUGCCGGGGCACCUGGCUCUUUUUACCAGCGACCCUACCACUCUCCUCCCCUCCACAACCAUCAUGCCAGGAAUCGAAGAAGCUGAGAACGAGCUCAACAUACCGUCGACUUCGACCGAUUCCUUCAGUGUGGUGGUGACCGCCGACUUUCAGAGCUCCGAGGCGAACCUCCCUGUGUACAAGACGCUGAACCUGACGAGAAACGAGUUGUACGUCACAGGUCUGUAUGAACCACGUGACGAGAACAGAAUCUCAACCAAGGAGAAACUGCAGUGCAGGAAAAAACGACGUUCAAAAAUGUAUGAUGAUAUUUUAGAUAAUUUAAAAUCUAAAUCAGGAAUUGAUUUGAGCUGCAGUUUUAAAAGUCUGGCCGUGAAGAAAGAAAUGAUCCGAAGAAAAUCGAUGGCGCCGCGGGUCCCGAGCCGAGUCCAGAAAACUGAGUCGUUGCCUCGGGGGUCCGCCAGGGAGAGCACGUGGGACCCGUACCUGAGGGACAGGCACAACUGUGAGAUGGAAAUCGCCCUGAAGAAUCCUCUAGAGGAAGGGAUCCAAGAGAGGCUCAGGUUGCUGGUUCUGAUGCCAAAAGUAGAGGAGCCGAAACAGGAGGUGAAGGGGGCCAAGCCGGGAAAACCCAACCGAAGUCAAAACGCUUUUACCUCAGAGAAUAACAACACAAACCAGAGAAAGCGGAAUCAAAAUGUGAGCAGUUGCCAGGAAAUGACGAUGGAGAGUCUGGACACCCACCCGUACGGCUUGAUGUACACCAACAUGAGGAGAGUCAGAAACCUGCCCAGCUACUCCGUGCUCAACAAGUCCAUGAACAGCCGCGCGUCUGACGCAGACGAUGAAGACGAUAGCUACUCCCAGCUGCUGGACCUCUUGACCACGUGGCGCCAAAACGUCGACACCGGCGUCCGUCUGCGCAGCCGACAGUUAUCUGAUUUCUCCGUGGCACGUCUACAGAACCAGUACUACCUGACUAACUCACGGCGCGACCCGGCCGAUGAGAAGAGAAUCAUUGAUAGAAUGAUCAGAGAGACUAGGAACCAGCGUCACAUGCAACAGCACACAGGGGACACGGCGAACACCAGUGGUCACCCAGGGGACACGGCAAACACCAGUGGUCACCCAGGAUCGGUCAACAGCUUCCCAAAGCCCUUCACGGCAGAGGCUUUGUCCAAGCUAACGAACAAGACCAGUGGUGCCAAGCCAAAACUUGAUCUGCCCCAGAAAACCAAGUGUGUCAAACAUCAAAGGACCGAUUCCGUCAAAGAUGUGUCUGACACAACGUUUAACUCCAGCUACCCGAUGCUGGACGACACAGCCAACAAAAAUUUGCUGGAUGAUAAGGCCAACAAAAACUUGCUGGACGAAACGUCCAACAAAAACAUGCUGGACGACACGGCCAACAGAACCAGCAACGCGAGUAAGACAGAGUUCGACGUGUCCUCCUACUCCACGAGUACCACCGCGGCAGGGGCCUCCGUCAGUACACGGGAAUCCCCCCAAAUCCGCGACAUCAAACCCACCGUGUCCAGGAAAGCGUCCACACCUAAAGGUGAUCGGUUGACCACCCCCGCCCCUAUCACGCCCAGGCCGACGGUGUCGGAACAGCUGGAGGACUACCUGUACGACUGCGACUGCGCAGAGUGUGUCCUACAGGACCCCCUGCUCACCCAUCUCCGGCCGCCGCCCACCCAGAGGGUCGAGGGGUAUCCGCUGUUCCUGGGUCGGCUGAGGCGGGACUUCAAGUGCCUGAAGCACAGGCCCCCCGCCGCCCCCAAGCUCAUGUGGUGUGACGUCGGCCCGUACUUUAGCAGGAUGACGUCACAGAACGUCCAACAGCAGCUGCUCAGGCUCAUGUGUGACGUCAUGAUAAAAAAAGAGAUCAUCAGCUCCAGCCUGGGACACUCGUAUGUCACCGUGACCUUCACCAAACCGGAAGUGGCCAAACGUAUGACGGAUUUUAGUGAGUUUGUUUAAUCACAACUUCCGGCUCAUCGUGCGCUUCCAUUGGUUCCUUUGGGCAGUAAAAUAUCA